UUCUUUCUCUCUCCCAUUUCUUCUCAUAUCUCUUACCCCUCUCAGUUCCAUCUCUUGUUUUUCUUCACCAAAACCAUGGCUGCUGCGCUCACUGCCGCAGUCUCUCUCCCAUCCUCCAAUUCUUCUUCUCUUUCCAGUAGAACCUCUAUUACUCCCUUGGAAAGAAUCAGCUACAACAAGAGCUGCUUAUACUCCAGGAAUGUCUCUGUUGGUAGGAAAGUAGCUCUUGUCAGAGCCCAGGUAACCACAGAAACCCCUACUAAGGUAGAGAAGGUCUCCAAGAAGAAUGAGGAAGGUGUGGUGGUUAACAAAUUCAAGCCCAAGAACCCCUACAUUGGCAAAUGCCUUCUUAACACCAAGAUCACUGCUGACGAUGCUCCGGGCGAAACUUGGCAUAUGGUCUUCGGCACCGAGGGGGAGAUCCCAUACAGAGAAGGGCAAUCUAUUGGGGUUAUUGCGGAUGGUGUUGACAAGAAUGGGAAACCCCACAAACUGAGGUUGUACUCAAUUGCUAGCAGUGCCCUUGGGGACUUUGGAGACUCCAAGACCGUUUCUCUGUGUGUGAAGAGGCUUGUUUACACAAAUGAUCAAGGGGAACUAGUCAAGGGAGUCUGCUCGAACUUCCUUUGUGACCUGAAACCUGGAGCUGAGGUGAAGCUAACCGGACCUGUUGGGAAAGAGAUGCUUAUGCCCAAAGAUCCUAACGCCACCAUAAUAAUGCUUGCCACUGGAACUGGAAUUGCUCCUUUCAGAUCAUUCUUAUGGAAAAUGUUCUUUGAGAAGCAUGAAGACUACGAGUUCAAAGGUUUGGCUUGGCUCUUCUUGGGUGUUCCCACAAGUAGUUCAUUGCUUUACAAGGAGGAAUUUGAGAAGAUGAAGGACAAAGCACCAGAAAACCUUAGGGUUGACUUUGCUGUAAGCAGAGAGCAAACAAAUGAGAAGGGUGAUAAGAUGUACAUCCAAACACGAAUGGCCCAGUAUGCUGAGGAAUUAUGGGAAUUACUCAAGAAAGACAACACCUAUGUCUACAUGUGUGGGUUGAAGGGAAUGGAGAAGGGAAUUGAUGACAUAAUGGUGUCUUUGGCUGCUAAAGAUGGCAUUGAUUGGAAUGAGUACAAAAGGGACUUGAAGAAGGCAGAGCAGUGGAAUGUGGAAGUCUAUUGAUGCUUCUUCUUUAUAAGAGUGUUCCUGACAAAAGAAACCACCCUCCACAAUUUCUUCUUUGCCAUGUAAAUAGGUACCUUUUUCCGAUUUCUGUUAAUUUUGUUCAUAAAGCAGCUGUAGUAUUGGCCUCUGCAAAAGUUUUACCCAAAGAGGGAUCAUGGAUCAUAUAGUGUAAAGUGAACCAACUUCAACCUCUUGUAAGCAUUCUCAACUCAUGCUGAUAUUAAUCCCAUUUAUC